AUGCAGGCCAAAAAACGCUACCUGAUCCUGCUCUCCGCCGGUGCGUGUCUGGUGCUGCUCUUCUGCCUCGGGGGGGUCCAACUUCCAGCGGCCAGCAGGAGCCGGCAUGACCGCAGCAGGCACGGGUACCGGUCCGAGCAGCCCUGGCCCCACUACUCGGACCCGUUACAACCCUCCCUGCCCCGGGAUCAGGUGGACGCCGAGGAGUACAACGUGCACAUAUCUCCCAGGCAAAAGAGGGACGUCAACACGAGUGUUUACAAGGGCAAGAGGUGUCGCAUGGACUCGUGCUUUGACUUCUCCCUGUGCCACAAGAACGGAUUCAGAGUUUAUGUUUAUCCCCAGCAGAAGGGGGAGAAGAUCUCAGAGAGUUACCAAAACAUUUUAGCCACCAUCGAGGGUUCCAGGUUUCACACUGCAGACCCGGGACAGGCGUGCCUGUUCGUCCUGGGUCUGGACACUCUGGACCGAGACCAGCUGUCCCCCCAGUACGUCCACAACCUGAAGACCAGGGUCCAGAACCUGCCCCUGUGGAACGACGGCAGGAACCAUCUCAUAUUUAACCUGUACUCGGGGACGUGGCCGGACUACACGGAAGAUCUGGGCUUCGACAUCGGCCAGGCCAUGUUGGCCAAGGCCAGCAUCAGCACCGAGAACUUCCGGCCCCACUUCGACGUGUCCAUCCCCCUCUUCUCCAAGGAGCACCCGCGGACCGGCGGGGAGAGGGGCUUCCUCAAGUACAACUCCAUCCCGCCUUUUCGCAAAUACAUGCUGGUGUUCAAAGGGAAACGCUACCUGACCGGUAUCGGCUCGGACACGAGGAAUGCCUUAUACCACGUCCACAACGCGGAGGACGUGGUGCUGCUCACCACCUGCAAACACGGCAAGGACUGGCAGAAGCACAAGGACGCGCGCUGUGACAGGGACAACGCAGAGUACGACAAUUCUCCUCCCAGCAUGCGCACUCCAGCUCUGCCUCUGGGUGCCCUGGGCUCCGUGUCACCUGGAGAGACAUGUCAUCCAUUAUCUGACAUUCCAGUCAUCUCUGCACAGCCCACCGCGGCUCAUGGCUCCGCUUCCCAGUGGAAGCAGCCUUGUUUUCCCAAAGAUGCAUUCCCUUUAAUCAAAUGUAAGACCGAGCAAGUGCCAAGUCACGCUUGGCAAGAGGCAGAAAAACCCUGA